AUUGUGCUCAGUUGACGUGGGCACUAACAAAUCAAAACUUCUGGCUUCACAGGCUGGCUUCCCCCAAGCUGCAGAAAGAAUUCAGCUUCAGUAACAUACACAGAUACAAGGUGCCAGUUUGCUGGAACAUGGCUGUGCGUUUGUUCGAGGCACGAGAUCAUGCAGUUUCAUAUCAGAAAUACAGAUUCUCUCCCCCUGAAAAUCUCCAAAGUGUCAUCUUCUCCUACCUGGAAGAAAAGAAAGUAGACCCCAUUCGUCUGGCAGUGGAUGUCGGCUGCGGGUCGGGACAAAGCACUCGCGUACUCGCAGCUCAUUUUGAGAAGGUGGUUGGAACAGACAUCAGUGAAGCUCAAAUAGAGGCAGCCAAACAAGCUGCCUCCUUCCCAAAUGUUUCUUACCAUGUGUGCCCUGCAGAGGAGCUGCCAUUUGCGGAUGGCUCUGUGGACCUCAUUACUGCUUUUACAGCUGCCCACUGGUUUGAUAUGCCGAAGUUCAUGAAAGAAGUGGAUCGAGUUCUCAGGCCACAUGGCUGUGUGGCCCUUAGUACCUACACUACAAACUUCAGUAUGCACUAUAAAGACUGCUCAGAGAGGCUUACAGAAAUCUUCACUGAGACCCAGGAACUGCUUGUUGAAUAUGCAGAUGAAAAAGUAAAUCUUGUCAUUGCAGAAUAUAAAGAGGUGUUUGAAUCUGUGCCUUUUCCAGACAAGAAGAGAGUUACCCAGAUCUUAGACAAAAUUCCCAUGUCUGUUUCUGGGGUGAUCGGGUUUUUCCAGUCCUUCUCCAUGUAUCAAGCCUUUCUGAGGAGCGACCCUGAAGGAGCAAAAUCCCUCCUCCAAAAAACUGAACAAAGGUUCCUGGAGACCAUGGGAGUUUGCUCUAAUGAAACCCAGGUAGAGAUCUGGAUGAGGAGUGCUUGUGUUCUGGGCUGUAAGGGGCCAUGAAUGGAAAAUCGAGCAACGACCCUAUAGUCAGAAGAAUAAUUCCAUUUUUGGUAUUUACUUAUAACUGAUGUUAUCACCUUUAAAAUAUUUGAUUAAGAUCCCAGUAAAGUCAAUGGUAAAACUCCCUCUUCAACGGGAGACAAUGGAAGCACGAAGUCAAAUAUUAUCAAUAUUAGAAGGGCUUUCAUGGGGUGUUUUUUUUUCCUAUUUAAAGAGGAAAAGCUCAGUAUUCUGUCUGGCCAUCGUUCAACGAG